GUAGCAGAACAUUUAAAAGGGGGCUACUUGUAUCUUGCUGUAGUCAGCAGUAGUUUCCCAAGAGUGAUGCAGAUUGGUGGGAGACUCGUAGAAAUGCAUCAGGUUAUCGUAUUGUUAGUUUGUGCUGCAUUUGCUAUAGCGGCGCCUGUGAUGAAUGAUAGAUGUGCUCAAAUUCUAGCCGGCAAAGACUUGGGUGAGCUUGGCUACUACUACGAAGGCGAUAUGAUGAUGACGGCGGAACAGAUGCGGCGCAUCACCGAAGCUAAAACGACGAGGAACGGACUCACGGAUCCCCAAUCCCGAUGGCCGAACCGUACCGUCGUGUACCAUAUUGUAGAGGGUGACUUCGACGAAGACCAAGUGAAAAUGAUCGAAGAUGGCAUGCAGGACAUCGCUAACAAAUCGUGCAUCAAAUUUCGUCCGAGGAAGCAUAGUGAAGAAUACUCGGUAAUUAUUCAGGGCUCCAAUCCCGGCUGUUCCUCAGGCGUGGGCUACAAACCCAAGGAUGAUAAUGGCGUCCACCAGAACCGGCUGAACUUUCACAACGAAGAGAAGGGCUGCUUCAGACACGGCACCAUCGUACACGAGCUGCUCCAUACCCUCGGCUUCCACCACAUGCAGAGCACUUACAACAGAGACGAGUAUGUUAAGAUCGUGUUAGAGAACAUUUGGGAAGAAUGUCGUCACAACUUCUACAAGUACAAUAGUGACACGGUGACGAAUUUCGGCGUCGAGUACGACUACGGUAGCGUCAUGCACUACCCCGCCAAAGCGUUCUCUAAGAACGGGGAGGACACUAUCAUUGUUUUAAGGGAGAACGCGAUCAUUGGUCAGCGCGUGGGCAUGUCCGAAAGCGACGUGCUCAAGCUGAACCGCAUGUACUGCGAGCAGCGACACUCGUGAUGCAGAGGAAAGACUUUUCAGUUUUCAUAUAAAUAAUGGGGAGUUUUCUGACACCUCUUAA